GGCAGUCCUUGAGGUAUUAGAACGCCUGAGACUGCCUGGGACAUGUUGAGGAAAAAAAAAAAAAAAGUGUAGGGAAGGAGAUGGAUGUAUGGACAGAGGAAAGGGAUGGAUUGUGGAUGUGUUUUCAGACGGUUGAUGGAUACCAUGUGCUCACGGCACUCUUGUCAUGUUGCUUGCUUGUUUUGGUCGGGCGGGCGCAAAAAUGCAUAACGCAGCUAUCUUUUAUGAUUUUCGGUACGGGGUUUUCUGGUGGGAGAGCAGCAGCAAGCGAAGCAUCUCCAACAGACAGCGUGUUGGUAAUUCAUCAUUCUUUUUUUUUUUUUUUUCUUUCUUUUUUUCUCUUUUGGUCGGCGUUAAUGGCAUUUCAUCACGGGAGAACGGACGGAGAAACGGGGGUACGUACGUUUGUCAUGGGACAUGUGGUCGUCCAACGACGACGACGACGACGAGAACACUUAACUACCUAACCUGAUAGGAUAUUUCUCUUAUAAUAAUACUCUUACAAG